AUGAAGGCAUAUUUUCCAACUAAACUUAGAAUAGCAGUUCUACCCGCUAGCAGAGCCAUAGACAUUGAAAAAAUCAACAACACAACCAUUAUCUCGGGUUUUGAUAGUGAACUUAUAAAACUAUUGUCGCAUGCACUAAAUUUCGAAUAUGAUAUUUUUGUUCCCUCAGACAAUUCGUACGGUUCCAUGGAUGCAUUCGGAAACUGGACUGGAAUCGUUGGAAUGGUCGCAAGAAAGGAAGUGGACAUGGCAUUCAGCACUAUAAGUAUUACAGAAGAGAGGUCAUCUGUUGCAGAUUUCAGCGUACCCUACUACAAUCUUGAAAAAACAUUCCUGAUGAAUCACGCUUCAUUCUCGCAAAAAACAACAGCAUUCGCGUAUCCUUUCAGCGGACUCACGUGGAUUUUAUUCUUCGCCGUACUCCUCAUUGUGACAGUGCUAUUUCGAGCUUUGAUUUCGCCGAAAGAUUCCAUUAUUUCGGUUUUCUUCAAUUUGUGGGGUUCUUCUUUCGGACAAGGAAUAAGCUACAACCCUCGUUCAAUGUCCAGGCGGAUACCACUUGGAAUUUGGCUCCUUUAUUCAUAUGUUCUGAUUCUGGGUUACAGCUCUGUCCUGCUAUCGUUUUUGACAUCCCCAAUCAAAAUGAAACAAAUAAAAGAUUUCAAAGAUCUCUACACCGAAGUCAGAAAAGGGAAAAUGGAGUGUCUAGCAGCUGGAGGUACCUAUGAAGCAAAUUAUUUGUCGCAAAGCAUUGUACCUCAUUUGAAAGGAUUAGGGGAAUACAUUCAAAAGAAUAAAUGGUACUACUAUUCUAAUAUCAGCCACAUUGUUCCGGAACACGUAGCAAUACUCGGGGCACCCAUUCUAUUUCAAGUAUUUUUGGGGCCGCCAGAAAUGUACUUUUAUUCGAAAGAUGUUUUUGGAAAUUUUCUUUCAGGUGUUGCCAUCAGAAAAGGUUUUUGCUGCAAAGAGCGCUUCAAUAAAAUUCUACUCCGAAUUUUAAGUGGCGGCAUAUAUAAAAAAAUCGCGGAAGAUGAAAUUUUUAAAUUCUUAUUAGUGAGAAAUUUGAACAGUAAUUAUUCUCAGAGUACACCUGUCUUACCUUUAGACUUAUCAGAUUUAAAUGGUGUUUUUCUUAUUCUUGGGGUAGGCUGGGCAGUAGCUAUUUUUACUUUGAUAAUGGAAAUCACUUACAGCGUAUGGUCGAGCUCAAAACCUGAUAUGUCUGGUGUUCCACGAAUCGCAAAUGUUGGAGAACAUAACAUUAAAUUAAAACUAGGAAGUGCUCCUAAGAAACAAAAACCUUUUAGGAUUCCAGAAGCUUUGAAGGAAGAAGUUGAUCGCCAAAUAGAGGAACUACUACAACUUCGACUGAUAGUACCAUCCGAAAGUGAGUAUGUGCAUCCGGUAAUUUACCAAGUGUCUAAAGCCAAGUACAUCACUUUAAUAGACCUACUGAAAGGUUAUUGGCAAUUGAAGCUUAACCCUGCUUGCCAAGACCUGACAUCAUUUGUAACUCACCGAGGACAGUAUGCUUUCGUUGUUCUACCAUUUGGACUAGGUAACGCAGCUGCUACUUUCCAAAGAACUAUGAACAAGGUACUCUCAAAACACCGAGACUAUGCCGAAUCUUACAUAGACGACAUAACGAUUUACUCUGAUGACUGGGAUACUCAUCUCAAACACCUGAAUGCAGUUAUGACUACUCUAGAAGAAGCAAAAUUUUACCGUUAA